AUGUCCUCCCAAAAGUCCCCAACGAUCGAGGUGAACAACCUCAACUACAACUUCCCGGGCUCCACCUCGGGCCUCGAAAACAUCUCCCUCUCGCUCCCGUCGCGCUCGCGCACCCUUCUCAUCGGCGCCAACGGCGCCGGCAAGACCACCAUCCUCCGCCUCCUCGCCGGCAAACGCCUCUCGCCCCAGGGCGGCAUCACCAUCGGCGGCGUCGACCCCUUCAAGGAGGGCCUCGAGGGCGUCACCUACCUCGGCCUGGAGUGGGUUCUCAACCCCAUCGUGCGCACCGACAUCGGCGUCGUCGAGCUGCUCCGCAGCGUCGGCGGCGACGCCUACCCGGAGCGCCGCGACGAGCUCGUCUCCGUCCUCGACAUCGACACCGCCUGGCGCAUGCACGCCGUCUCCGACGGCGAGCGCCGCCGCGUCCAGCUCGCCAUGGGCCUGAUCCGGCCAUGGACCAUCCUGCUGCUGGACGAGAUCACGGUCGACCUGGACGUGCUGAGCCGCGCCGAGUUCCUGGGUUGGCUGAGGCGCGAGACGGAGAUCCGCGAGUGUACCAUCGUGUAUGCCACGCACAUCCUGGACAACCUCGCCGGCUGGCCCACGCACCUGGUGCACAUGCAUUUGGGCACCGUCAGGGAGUGGGCCACGGCCGAUAAGUUCCUCGACGGCCUCGACGGGCGCAGCGGGAACAGCACGCUCGGCGAGCUGGUGCUGGGGUGGUUGAGGAAGGAUUUGAAGGACCGUGGCCCGCGUUCGCAGGGCAGGGUUGCGCCUGAGGGGAAGACGUACGAUGCUGGCGGUUACGGGGGCUACGGUGACGAGUCCGGCAAGAAAUAA